UCCUCACCCACUUUCCACGCUCCAUUACGAACGAGUCCUUCCGAUCUCUGUAAUAUGAAGACGAUGACGUAUUCAAUGCGCCUGUUCGCAACUGCAUUCCUCCUGCUGAUGCUCUUCAUGUCCACAGAGAUGGAUCCAGUGAGGGUGGCAGAGGCACGGACGUGCGAGUCACAGAGCCACCGGUUCAAGGGAACGUGUGUAAGAAAGAGCAACUGUGCAGCUGUGUGCCAGACCGAAGGCUUUCCAGGAGGGGAGUGCAGGGGCGUCAGAAGGCGCUGUUUCUGCAGCAAACCUUGUUAGAUCAUCUUCUUCACUUGACUCCCCUGAUCGCCUGAGAUUGUUCCACACCUUUUCCACUCCGCUCUAGUAGUACUAUUGUAAUCCUCUAAUGUCAGCCCCGAAAUAAAUUGCUAGUCCCUUUCAAACACGGAGCUACUUUGUUCAUGGUGUUU